UCUUCUGUUUGUGACGAUUUAAAAUUUAAGAGUGUAAGAAUAUAGCCCAAGCACAAGAUCUAUGCGUCUUACAGAUGUUACCUUUUUCAGUCAAUUUGUUUCUUUCUCUGUUUUUUAGUCUUUCAGCCUUCGUUUAUUCAUAUGUCAGGGCAGAGAGUGAAUUCAUUUUUCCUUGGCAAUUCUUCAGGAGUUAAUUUUUCUAUAAUUGUAAGUCCUAGAGAUGCAGAGACAGGAAAAUUGCAGCUUGCAAAUUGCAGCAGAAGUAAAAGAGCUGGAGAUUGGAAUUUGGAUGUAACUCCUGGUGUGAACACUUCCAAGGUGACUGUAAGCCUCGGCAGAACUCUGGAGCUGUGUUUGCCCAAUGCCACUGAGUGCUGCCCCUCACCUCUGUGCGUGGUGGAAACACUCCAGGUUUUAGCUUGCCGUGGUUCAGUGAUGCUGGCACAGCUCCUGAUUCAAGCUGAAAUAUUUGCCAACUCUUCCUUUGCAGGAAAUGUGUCAGAAAAUGCAACUAUCAUCCCAAACCAGGCAUUUAAGCCCUUGGGCUCUUGUCCUUGUAACUUAACAGCUGGAGCUUGUGAUGUUCGUUGUUGCUGUGAUCUGGAGUGUACACCAGACUUGCAGCAGUUAUUCAGUGCAUCGUGUUUCACUGGAGUGUUUGGUGGGGAUGUAAAUCCACCUUUUGAUCAGCUGUGCUCCUCCCAGUCAAUGGAAUACACCCCUGAGUGGUUUCCCUUCCUUUGUGUACAGUCUUCUCUUGACAACACACCAUUUCUUGGCUAUUUUUAUCAUGGCUCUACUUCUACACCCAAAAUUCCUUCAUUUAAGAUCCCUCUGCAAACCUCUCCUGGGAAACCUUUCACUGGUUACAGAGAAGGAGAUCCAAUUAUAACAGAAGAAGAUGAGUAUUUUACUGUUCCCCAGCAAUCCGUGGCUGGGCAGUGUGUUGGGAAUGCUCCCGUGGCCUAUCUCCACAACUUUGAUGUCAAAUGCCUGACCAGUUUGGAGUCUUACAAGGAAGGCCUGCCCCAUGAUGUGAGGAUAAACACUGGCACUGCAGACUUCAUCCAACAAAAUGUUGUCUAUAGAGCUGUCACUGACAGGGGCAAAUUCAUCACUGAAAGUGAAAACCUUGCUGCUGAGGUUCUGUGUCAAAAUGUAACUUUUGCAGAACAUUACAAAUUCACUUGGAAAGACAAGAACAUUGAGCAAAUAAAUGUCACUGUUUUCCUUGGAAGCUUAUGUGAUGGAGAAAUCCUGACACAGAGAUUCACAGUCGAAUUUCUAAGUUUAAACAGUACUGAUGGAGAGGAACUGUUUGAGAAUCCAGGGUAUCAAGCUGGAAAACCAGUGAGAGCUGCAAAUCUGAAUGCUUCUGAUCCUCUUGGAAGCCUAAACAUUUGGCAGCCAGCUGGCAGAGGUUUAUGUGCAUCAGCAUCUUACAGACCAGUUCUAUUUGGAGUAGACUCAUACUCUGGGUGCAUUCUAGAAGUUGAUAUUAAUGAAGAUUGCAGCUUUUUAAGAGGAAAUGUGACUGAGAAAUUGAAUGCAUUAAUACAAGCUACUCACAUUGGAAAGAGGGACAAUUCCAGUUACAGUGAUCUAAAUGACUGGGUGGAAAUUAUACGUCUUGAUCCAUUUAGUUCUAAUGUGAGCACUGGAGGCUUCAAAGGCAUUUGUCCAGAUAUUCCUGCAAACCUGAAUAUCCGCAUCAUCUUUGCUAAAGUGGGAGCAGUGCAAGGGGUUCCCCAGCAGCAGAUUCUGGCUGUGCAGAUCAGUUACUCAACAAUCUUAUGGCAGUUCCAGUGUGGGAUUGGCUGCAAAAACACCCUCAGCAUUCUUCCCAUCACAGCUUCUGUUCAGUUCAUUGAAGUCCCAGCUCAGCCACCCCCUCCAGUAACGAGGUAUCACAAGAUUUAUGCAGAGUUUGACUGCAAUCGAAAUGAGGUGUGCUGGCCACAACUCCUUUAUCCAGUGACACGCUUUUACACAGGAGAGCCAUAUUCCCAGUGUCUUGCUAAAGGCCUGUUUCUGGCAUUUCUUGUUUUACUUGCAGCAAUUACGAGCAACCCUUGGUUUUCUAAAUUAUGGAACAGAUAGGUAAAAAUUAUGGAGAAACAUUCUUGGAUUUUGUAGACAAUUUACGUGAACAUUUAAAGAUACAUAAAAUCAGUACUUCUACAGCAUACAGAAAAUGACUGUUACUUAAAACAAAAAGGAAUAAAUUAUUUUUAAGCUCUAGACUCCGUGUUUGGAGUAGCAAAGUGUAGAGUUGACUUGAAGGUGGCCAGCCCAGAGGCUUCACCGCGGUU